AUGGAUACGAGUUGGAUCGAUCUACCCACUGGCCACCCUAAUUAUGUCGAGGGUUGUAUGAGAUUCAUGGAGUUUUCCAAGCAUGAUCUAGUGAAUGGAAAAAUUAGAUGCCCAUGUAAGAAUUGUAAGGUGGAGAAGUGGUUCCCGGUAAAUACAGUAGAGGGACAUAUUUUGUUUAAGGGGUUUUAUAAGUCGUAUAAGAAAUGGAUCUUUCAUGGUAAAGGGGGUAUGAUUCAUGGUAUGAUUGGUAGUGAUGGAGGGAGUACUAGUGAAGGAUCCCUAAAUAAUGAAAGUGGGUUUGUUGGUCGAGAUAAUAUGGGAGGACUAUUAAGAUCAGCUUUUAGUGUUAAUACGUCUCCCAAUUGCCCAACUUUUGAAGCACGAGAGGAUGAUGAGUGGAUUGAGGAGCCAGUGAACUAUGAAACUGAUGAUGAAUAUGAUGAUUCUACAAGAGAAGAAGAGGUGAAGUAUAAGAAGUUACUUGAAGCGUCUGAGGAAAAAUUAUAUGAAGGGUGUACCAAUUUUUCAAAGUUAUCUUUUCUCUUACACUUGUUUCACUUGAAGUGUAUGAAUCAUUGUUCCAUUGAAUCUUUCAAUAUGUUGUUGAAGCUAAUUCUAGAUGCAUUUCCACAAAUACUUGAUUUUCCCUCAUCUUUUUAUUAUAGUAAGAAAAUGAUAAAAGACUUGGGACUUGGGUAUGAAAAGAUUGAUGCUUGUCCGAAUAAUUGUAUGUUGUAUUGGGGUGAAUUUUUAGAGAAAGACAAGUGUCAUGUUUGUGGUACAUCGAGGUGGAUGAAAACUAAGGGUAAGGGGGACAUUAUAAGUGAUCAAGGUACGGAUACUUGUAAGAAAGAUGAUAAGAAGAUUUUAAGGCAUCCUUCAGAUGCCUUAGCGUGGAAGGCAUUUAAUGAGCGUCAUAGAGAUUUUGCAUUAGAUCCUUGUAGUGUUCGAUUCGGUCUUGCAAGUGAUGGGUUUAAUCCUUAUCGUUUAAUGAACACCACUUAUAGUACGUGGCCAGUGAUCUUGAUUCCUUAUAAUCUUCCACCCUGGUUAAGUAUGAAACCAUCUUCUUUUAUUUUAUCCACACUUAUUCUCGGAAAAGCAAGUCCUGGAAAUGAUAUUGAUGUGUAUUUGCAGCCGUUAGUGCAUGAAUUGAAAUUGUUGUGGACUGGGGUUGAAGCUUUUGAUGCUUUUGACGGAAAGAAAUUUAACUUGCGCGCGGCUUUGCUUUGGACUAUUAAUGACUUUCCUGGCUAUGCAAUGCUCUCUGGUUUGAGCACAAAAGGUUACAAUGCAUGUCCUAUAUGCGUAGAUUCAACCCCUUCUAAUAGAUUUGGGAACAAGAUUUGUUAUUGUAGCUAUAGAAAAUGGUUACUCGCAAAUCACCCAUAUCGAUCUCAGGGUAACAAGUUUUGUGAGAAGUUUGGAACUAAUGAGUGGGGUAAAGCCCCAUCUCGUCCUAGCGGGACUGAUAUAUUCAGUGAACAGGAAAAGGUCGAGUAUGUUUAUGGAAAGUCGAAAGCACCACCGAAAAAGAGACAAAGAGGAGAUAAUGAUAACAAUGAUGUCCAAGAUGAAAGUGCUUUUGGUAUAAAGAGAAGCAUACUAUUUGAUUUGGUGUAUUGGGAGCAUAAUCUUCUAAGGCAUAAUUUAGACGUUAUGCACAUCGAGAAAAAUGUGUCUGAGAAUAUUUUGGGAACUCUUCUUAGUAUGGAUAAAAGUAGAGAUAGUAAGGAUGAUCGAAAAGCUCUUGAAAAAUGGAGAAUAAAGCCUCACCUUUGGCUUAGUACCAAUCCUAAUGGAAGUGAAUACAUGCCUCCAGCUUCUUAUUCUAUGUCUACGGAGGAGAAAGAGAGGUUCUUAAAUGUUUUGCAGAAACUUAAAGUUCCGGAUGGAUAUGGAUCCAAUCUCUCGAGUUGUGUGAAUAUGAAGCAAAGGAAGUUGAUUAACCUCAAAAGUCAUGACAACCAUGUUCUAAUGCAAGAUAUCCUUCCUAUUGCCUUAAGAGCUUCUAAUGCUACAAAAGUGAUUGACUUGUUGGCUAGAUUGUCUUCCUUUUUCAAGAAGUUGUGCUCUAAUACUAUUGAUCCAGAUGAUUUAGAUGGUCUUCAAGAUGAAAUUAUUUUAACUCUUUGUCAGUUGGAAAUAGAGUUCUUGCCUUCAUUUUUCACAAUCAUGGUCCAUUUGUUGAUUCACUUAGUGGAGGAGGUUAAACUUGGUGGACCAGUGCAAUACAGAUGGAUGUAUCCCAUUGAAAGGUACUUGUCCCAUUUGAAAUCACAUGUAACCAAUAAAGCCCAACCAGAAGGAUCUAUUGCGGAAGGCUUCCUUUUAGAGGAGACAAUUAGGUUUUGUUAG